AUGUCUGCGAUUAGGCUGAUCACCGUGAACACCGUCCCUGAGCGCGCGAAGCGCCUCAUAGGGCGGGUGGUCGAAGAUGUGAAGGAUCGCUACACCAUCGUGCAUGUGACCAACGUGGAAAGGUUGGAGGACGUCAGGCCCACGUUAGAGAGGGAAAAGCCUGACCUGUUGUUCACAGCCUCUAUGUGGACACCCGAGCAGGCUCAAGAGAUCGUAGCUAUCGCCAAGGAGACAGUACCAGGAAUCAAGACGUUCAGUAUACCGCAGGGUCUUCAGGUGGAGAAAGGGCCGGAUGGUGUUGUGGAAUUCAUUAAGGCGAAUCUGCCAAAUGUACUGGGUCCAGGACGGUUGUAG